ACACGAAAAGCAGCGCAGCAGCGGCGACUGAGCAAGAUCGGCGGCCAUAGCCGCCUGAGGUAUUGGGAGCCGGAGAUCGACAGCAGCCACAGACCAGCACUCAGAUGGCGGACACGCCAAACAGCGGACCGUCAUCUGAAAGUUCGACAUCUGGCAAUGCCGAACCCUUACCGGUCUGUCCGGUGCAAGAGCCGAAUGAGUCCCUCCCGGACCUCAUUCAGAGAGUGCAGGACUAUACAGCCGCACUCACCCUUGCCAAAGAACGGCAAGAGGCUGCCAAAGCAGAGAGUCUACGGCUAGCAGCAGAAGCUGCAGCCGAAGCCCAGCGUCAAGCUGAGGCAGACCAGUUGGCGACCGAUCAGCUCAACGCCGACAGCGCUGAACUUCUGCUUUCUAGCCAAGAGCAGUGGACAGCGGUCCUCAACGGGAUGCGUUAUGUUCCCGUAGCCGGCACCGAGCCAACGACAGUGCAACAGGAGAGGCAAAACCUGGCGGACAUUCUACUCAACACGAUGCGCGCAGUCAUCUGGAACAGCACCAUGGGGGAACUACAUUCCAAGGCCACACGGCGGCUGCAGCAAGAUCUGAACCACAACGUGAAGACACUUGCAGCAGCCAUCAAGGUCGUGGACUCCCAGCUGAAACAGUUGGACGCUCGCAUUGCUACUCUGGAGGCAAGGCCUCCCCAAGCAGCGCCAGGCUGCACGACGGACGCGACGAAGCAGCUCAACGGGCGCAUCGAUCAUGUCGUCAAUCUCAUCGGCGACUUAGGUGCUUUCACUGGGCCGGACACGAUCAGUAGCACGGUGGCCGCCAUCAAGACGGACAUCACCAAACUGCAGACGAGACCGGACGCCGCUACCAAGAAUUUCAAGAUGCCACAGUUCACCAUCAGCAAGUUCGACGACUACAACAAGACCGACGGUUUGACAUGGUGGCAAGGUUUCCUCACGGAAGCAUCCUGCCGCACUGUCCCGGCCGAAGACGUUGAAGGCGCUCUACCUACAACUGAUUGGAAGAGCGCAGGCAUGGAUGAAUCACCUGGCGGCUACCAAACAAUGCACCAUCGCCGAACUCCACACGCACAUCACGUGGAAGGAGUUCGAGCAAUUAUGGGUCACUCAAUUCAUGGUCCGCAACGUCGUGAAGGCGGCCACGAACGAGGUGUACACUUGCUCACAGGGAAAUGCAUUGACGAAGGGAAGGAGGAUUGCAAGACCACUAUCACAUGGUUUGACCAUGUCUUGUGGUAUUUGCUUGCCAAUACUAACUUUUUGUAUCUUGCGGCUCCCUCUCUUAGAGCCAGGAUCAGAGCCUUGAGGAACCUUCUUAAGAAGAAGUGGAGAGCCCCCAUCCUCGCGUCCAUCGUUUUUUCACACAUGAGGCGCAUCAUGACUCAAAUGGUUGAGAAUGUGAUUAGUAACCCGUGUAGAAGGCAGGGUACAAUCCAUGAUGAUCCCGCGAUUAUGUCGCGCAAAUUUCCGCGGAAAAUGGCUGCGCUAAUCCUCCCUGAUAAGUACAUCAAGAGCCCGGCAAGGAAGCGAAGGGUCCAGGAAAAGGAUAAGCGCCCAACGAAAAGGCAGAGCAACACGUUGCUUUCAUACCAUGUCAGACCCGUGGUUGCGGAGGCGCGGCAGGACCAGGGUUUUGGUGGUAGCCAACAGAUGGCUGAUCUGGCAUCGUCGAACAUGAAUGCGGAUGAUAUGCCUAUACAGGAUACUCCUCAGAGCUCAGUUGUCACAGUCCAGUCUGAACAUGGCAGCUCGGUUGUGGGCAAGCAGUUGAGGAGGAGUCCUAGAUAUUCAACGGCAAGGGCAUCGCUGUUCAAGUAGUAUCCUAUUUAACUUUGCCUGUAAUUUGUUCGCUUUGUUUGCAGAUCAAGAUGGAUUUCUGAUUACUGACAAAGCAGGAAGACUGAAAUGGCAGACGAAGCAAAGUGAAAAGGGCAAUCUGUUUGUCCACAUCAAAUAUGCUAAUCGUGCUAUGGAGGCAGUCAGAUUCAGAGAAAUUAUUGAGAAGGCCUUUGAAUUGUUCUUCUCGCAUGAGGCUGUUAUCCUCCUCUCCUCGCUUGUUAUUGGUUGGACGUACCUUAAUUCCCUAGAGUCGGUGGUAUCUUUUCCUACGCAUGUGUUCAGGGAUUUUGAUCUCAAAACUUGGAUCCUGGAAUGUGCCAGGGGAAGCAACUGUCCAUGUGUACGCAGACGAUUUCUUGCCUACCAUGCGGAUUGCACUAGGGAAAUGAAUCAGCCAUUUGUUU